ACUGAAUCAUUGAAUCCUAAGAUUGAAUCAUUUAAUCCUAAGAUUGAAUCAUUGUAUCCUAAGACUGAUUCCUUUAAUCCUAAGAUUGAAUCAUUGAAUCCUAAGAUUGAAACAUUGAAUCCUAAGAUUGAAUCAUUGAAUCCUAAGAUUGAAUAA